GUUGCUUGCGUGAGGAGGGUUUCGCGCGCCUGUUCGCCUCGGGUCGACCAAUCGCGUUCUAGCGCUAGUUCGUGUUUCGUUCUGAGAGUGAGGGGAAAUUGGAUCCGUUUUAGGAGGAAGAGGAUUUUGCUCCCGUUUCGCGCGUUUUGGAUUAUGAUUUUUGAGAGGGGGGGAAAACAGUGAAAGAUUUUGACAAGUGGUUGGUGCGUUUGUUUACGUGUUUUGUUUGUGGAUUUGUGACGGUUUUUUGGUGAGGGGGUGAACAACAAACGAAGAGUAUCGUGAAUUAUACGGGCCACUGAGAGUUGAUGUGAAUUGAUAAAAGCGGCAAAGUGAAGUGAUCAAAGUGAUUGUAGCUAAUGAUUCCAAUGAUUCAAUCAACCAGUGCAUAAUAUCUCAAUAUUGAACAAGUGGCGACUGAGCCGGAAGAAACUGGAUUAAGAGCCCUGGCUGUCAAAAUUGCGCCGAUUCUGCUGCCUGCACGUCAAAAUGCGACUGUCCCUGCGGAGGACGGGCAGCACGAAGCAGCUUCUAUGAGGUGCCUUAGGAAGAAGAUGAGCCAGGUCUUCUCGCUGACCCACCGGUACAAGCGGACUCUGCAAGCAAUGGCGGCCGGCACCUUCCUGAUCUACAUGACGCUGGUCCUGUACCAGAACGUCUACGGCUACAACGGGGGCAAUACUGUGCAGGAACUCUACAACGCUGCACCAGCUGAUUCGGCCCCGCAAAGUGUGAUGGCCAAGCGGGACAACAGUGGGUACGACAAUAGUGUUAGUAACGACAAUGUGAUCCAUAGUGUAAGCGGGAGUGUGGGGGUAGUGCACAACAACAACGGGGGCAUCCGGAAGCCCAUUCCGUACCCGACGCGGUUCGACCGGCCCGGCGGUGACUACGGGCAGCUGUCGGUCACGGGCACGCCGAAGCCGCCGACGACCGAGCUGGACGACCUGCUGAUCAGCGUGAAAACCACCAAGGGCUACCACGAGACGCGGCUCGAGAUGAUCGUCAAGACGUGGUACCAGCUGGCGAAGGAGCAGACGUGGUUUUUCACCGACACCGACGAUCAGCACUAUCAAAAGUUGACGAACAACCACAUGGUCAACACCAACUGCUCGCAGGGACACUUUCGGAAGGCGCUCUGCUGCAAGAUGGGCAAGGAGUUCGAGUUCUUUCUCGACAGUGCCAAAAAAUGGUGGUGCCACUUUGACGACGACAACUACGUGAACGUUCCGCGGCUGGUCAAGCUGCUGGACGACUACAGCCCGACGCAGGACUGGUACCUCGGCAAGCCGAGCAUCUCGUCGCCGCUGGAGAUCUUCCUAGAUAAUACCAAAUCGUCGACGGAGGUGAACAAAAAGGUGACCUUCUGGUUCGCGACGGGCGGUGCCGGCUUCUGCAUCAGCCGGGCGCUGGCGCUCAAGAUGCUGCCGAUCGCGAGCAGCGGCAAGUUUGUGGCCAUAGGCGAUAAGAUUCGCUUCCCGGACGACGUCACCAUGGGUUUCAUCGUCGAACACAUCCUCAAUGUUCCUUUAACCGUGGUGGACGCGUUCCACUCCCAUCUGGAGCCCAUGGAGUUUAUCCGGCCGGAAACGUUCCACGAUCAGGUCUCCUUCAGCUACGCCCGCAUGCGCAACGAAUGGAACGUGGUCAAGGUGGACGGGUUCGACCUCAAAACGGACCCCAAGCGGAUCUACUCGCUCCACUGCUACCUGUAUCCGUUCUUCAGCAUAUGCCCGAAGACGAUCAAGCGGAGAUGAUCCGGAUCAUCGUCCGCCGUAGACAGUAAGAGCGCCAAACCAAAACGCAAAAGUUGCAACAAAAAAAAAACAUGUCUUCAGAGGAGAUUCGUGCGUGCGAGGGAACCCGGAAUGAACGAGAUGAAAGCGAGUGCGGGAAAAGCAAGCAAAACAACAAUUUUUCGUCCCCUUUCUGUGGGAUGAAAACAAAACUAAACCUUGUCUGUGAUUAAAUUUAGUAGGUUUUAAUCCGGUGAUGUGGUCCGAUUGGCCCGAGUUGGGUGCAGCAAUCGAAGCAAGGAUCGAAACAGGUGAAUACGGACCAGCGGUGGUGCGCGGGGUCCUUCUAGUCUCACUUAAAAAUCAAACAAUUGGCAGCAAGCAGCUGCACGCUGCGAUUAGGCAGCUAAAGUAGGGUGAAUGUUAGCUACUUUUGUCUGUGAACACAUAAGAAAAAUUACCGAUAGUGCGUGUAGAAAAAGUUGGAAAAUCAAGCUCUUCCUAGAUAGUUGAUAAAGAGGAAAAGUGCAAAAAACAAUCAUUCAAGUUUGAUUGGUGUAAAUAAAUGAAAAAAACAUUGCAAAUAAUCCGUACUAAACUACUUUCCGUAACGACGUGCUCUAAUAGACUUUUAGGAGAAAAAACAUAAGAGGUAGCUGUUGUAGAAGCAAACGUGUAAAUAACAAGAAGCCACUGUACAAUAUUCAUGAGCACAAGAGAACUUGUACGAUUAUAUUGUUUUAUUAUCUCGUAUGUAAACAAUUGAUUAUUUGUUAAAGUAAAGCGAAAUUGUGUUAAUAAAUCAAAAGUAAUAAAAGAAA